CUCAAAAAGCAAGCAUCACAAUCAUGACCAAAAUAGUCCCCCCCCCCGGAAAAAAACAACUCCCGUUCCUACGAUACGAUCCCCUUCAGAUCCGCGCGCCCCUCCCCGUCGUCGUCCUCCUCCUCGAAUCCAUUCGAUUCGAUUCGAUUCCCCGCAUCGACCGCUAGCCGCCGGUAGGAUCGGGGCGGGAGAGCGAUGGCUGCCGCGCCGCCGGCUAGGGCUCGCGCCGACUACGACUACCUCAUCAAGCUCCUCCUCAUCGGCGACAGCGGUGUUGGUAAGAGUUGCCUCCUUCUACGGUUCUCUGAUGGCUCCUUCACUACUAGUUUUAUUACUACAAUCGGUAUUGACUUCAAGAUAAGAACAAUUGAGCUGGAUGGCAAGCGCAUUAAGUUGCAAAUUUGGGAUACUGCUGGUCAGGAGCGAUUCAGGACUAUCACAACAGCAUACUACAGGGGAGCAAUGGGUAUCUUGCUUGUUUACGACGUCACGGACGAGUCAUCUUUCAACAACAUACGGAACUGGAUACGCAACAUUGAGCAACAUGCCUCUGAUAACGUGAACAAAGUUUUGAUAGGCAACAAGGCUGAUAUGGAUGAGAGUAAAAGGGCUGUUUCUACUGCACAGGGACAAGCACUAGCCGACGAAUAUGGCAUCAAGUUCUUUGAAACUAGUGCCAAGACAAACCUUAAUGUGGAGCAAGUUUUCUUUUCCAUUGCCCGAGAUAUUAAGCAGAGACUUGCUGAGACCGAUUCCAAGCCUGAGGACCAAACAAUCAAGAUUAACAAGACAGGCCAAGGUUCUGAGGAUCCAGAGUCUCAGAAAUCUGCUUGCUGCGGCUCAUGAGGAAUAGACGGACUUCACUGUCAUUUAUUAUUUUAACUCUAUCUGUUUUAUGUUCUGCUUGUCAUUAUAGGAAGAAUAUUAAGAACAUAACUAUGAUGUGGCUGUUCUUGUUCUUUUACUUGUGUUCACUUCCAUUCUUUGCAGCAACUAUUACUUUGAAUGUAGUUCUAAUUUCUUGGGGUUAUUGCAUGUUGUUUUCAAUCAUGGUUAA